AUGGAAGUCGACGGUGGAGAGAGGUCGAGCUUCGUCGCCGGGCCUCAUCGAGAACAGAGCCAAAGAGUUACGUCGCGGUUUUCCCCUUACAUUCGCAGGACUACGAUCUGCCUUUUGUUCUCUUAUGGUCUCCGUUUUUUGCAAUGGCGAUUUCUGGGAUCGAUGUUCAAAUUCUCACAAGGUCCUACCAAAAACACGAAGACGCUCCUGCGUUUCUACGAUCCUUCUGUCUGUGAUAAUUGUUCCUCCCAAUACGAAGAUCCUGCAGAUGGCAUCGUUGGGGUUUUGCUUGCCCGUGGCUGUUUUGAUGACACCAAGGGUGUGAUGCUCAUUCAAAACUUGGCUGCAAAAGAACCUGUGGCCCUUGGUUUAGACACUUACUAUAAGCAGCAUUCUCUCUCAUUGGCUGCAGCUGCAGCUGCAAUCAAGUGGAUAGAGGGGGACAGGAGUGUGGUAGUCACCAACCACUCACUCUAUGGUGCUGAUAGCAUUUUCCUUGAUUGUGUUGCCUAUGUUUGGGUAACUUUUAAUGGAUCGUUUCAUCACAUGAAUGUCGAUGCAACUAGUGUUGAGAAUCUGGAAAUCAUUGAUCCAUUCCAUAAUGCUCUUUUGGGCACUAGCAUCAAAAAGAGGAGCUUGUUCCAGAUGUUCAAGACAGCAAAAACUGUCGGCGGGACUAGGCUUCUUCGUGCCAAUUUGUUGCAGCCUCUGAAAGAUAUUGAAACUAUUAACACUCGCCUGGACUGCCUGGUAGUGGAUGAGUUGAUGAGCAGUAAACAACUAUUCUUUGGGCUGACACAGCUUGGUUUUGAAAAUUUCCAAAAUUUUCAAAAGAUUAUCCACAACUUUCAGAUAGAGUUCUUUGUCAUUUCUGCUUCAAGCCAAAGAAGAGUCACAGACGCGGUCCUAGAUUUUUUGCUUGAUUUGGUAUCUAUGUCCCUUACCAAUUACGCCCUGUCCCAUGUAAACAUGCAGGUUCUAAAGGACGCAAAGUGUUUUCUCCUGGCCAAUGUUUACAAAGUCGGGGAAGUUAUUGAUGAUGAUGUCCUCCAUGCGCGGCAAUACAUAAGUCUGGCCAGUAGGUAUCGUGAGGAAUUCAACUUGCCAAAUCUAAAACUCCAUUUCAACAACCGGCAGGGCUUUUUUCAGAAUUUCUCAGAAGGAUGUUCAGGGAAAACUUCCAAGCAAGUUCACGCAGGUUGUAAAACAUGGGGAAAACAUACAUUGUUCGAGUCUGGAGCUAGCUUCUCACUAAUGGAUGUCAUAAGGGAAGAUGUAUCUGCCCUCACACUUUUAGCAGAAGUCUUAUGUCUUCUAGAUAUGAUUGUUAAUUCAUUUGCUCAUACAAUAUCCACCAAGCCAGUGGAUCGAUACUCUAGACCUGAACUAACAGAUAGUGGCCCACUGGCAAUUGACGCUGGAAGGCAUCCCAUCCUAGAAAGCAUACACAAUGACUUUGUUGUAAUUGAUAACGGGUUUGCGUAUACAGUAUAUGGCGUAUUGAAUGAGGAUUUCUUGGAAUCGCGGAUCUCCGAGGCCCGCGACCAAUGGAAACAGGUGCUGCGUUGCAUGAAAUGUGGAUGCCCUACGAGAUGUGGUAAUCGAGUGGUCCUAAGAGGAAUACACAAGAAAUUACAGGAGUUUUUCACGCCAAAUGGGAAAGGUUGGGGGCCUAAGGACUUUGGAGAGAUUGCCUAA